AUGAAGCCCUGGCAACUCACAGCGUCCGCUGCCCUGGCCAAGAUUCAGAGCGCCGAGUUGACCGUCGAGGCCUACACCAGGUCGCUCCUCGAGCGUAUCGAGCAGCGCGAUGAUGAUGUGCGAGCCUGGGUAACGCUUGACAAGGACAGAGUGAUCCAGCAGGCGAUGGCACUGGAUCAGGUGCCUCGAGCCGAGAGAGGCCCUCUCCACGGCUUGCCGAUUGCAGUCAAAGAUGUCAUCUACACGAAAGAUAUGCCAACUGCGCACAACUCACCUUUGUACGGUGGGAGCUUCCCCAAAGUCGACGCUGCAUCUGUCACGAUCCUUCGCCAAGCUGGUGCUCUGAUUUUCGGUGAGUGUUCUGUUUCCUCUGCAAGCACUUCUCAUGCUCACCAUCUUCCGCCAGGCAAAACCACCACCACCGAAUUCGCAGCCACUGGAGUUGGUCCCGAGACCCGCAACCCGCACGACCUGGCCCGCACGCCCGGCGGCUCCUCGACCGGCUCCGCCGCCGCCGUGGGCGACUUCCAGACCCCGAUCGCCCUCGGCACCCAGACUGGCGGCUCCACCAUCCGGCCGGGCUCCUUCAACGGCAUUUACGCCUUCAAGCCAACGUGCGGUGCCAUCUCCCGUGAGGGCCAGAAGCUCUACGCUCCCAGCUUCGACACUCUGGGCUUGUUCGCCCGCUGCGUCGACGACCUCAUCCUGUUGACUGGCGUGUUCGCCGUCGAGGACGACAAGGAGAGCCGGUUUCGCGGCGUUGAGGGCGAACGGUUCGCUAUUUGCAAGACCAUGGCUUGGGAGCACGCCGGGGAGGGCACCAUAGCCGCCUUAGAAUGCGCCGUUGAGCUACUCCAGGCUAACUGCGCCAUCGUUGAGGAGCUCGAUCUCGGCCCCGAGUUUGCCAGCCUGCCCGAGUGGUACGACAUCAUGCUCAGCAGGGAGGGUGGGACAACCUUCCUGCCUGAGCACCGCGUCGGCAAGGAGAAGCUCCACCCUACACUUGUCAGCCAUGUCGAGAACUCGGAUGGCGUCAGCCACAAGGCCUAUCUCAAGGCAUUUGACGGGAUCGCGGCGCUGCGACCUCGGAUGGAUGAAAUCGCCAGCCGCUAUGCCGCAAUUCUCACACCGAGCGUACCAGAUGAGGCGCCCAUCGGUCUCGAGAGCACUGGAAGCUAUGUGUUCUGCAAGAUAUGGACGGAACUGACGGGAAGACAGGCGCUCCAUACCCCCGUGCUGAACGUCCCAGGAUUCAAGGGCGCAAAAGGCCUGCCGAUUGGAUUGUCCUUGGUUGUGCCGCGGUACCAAGACAGACAACUGCUGAGAGUGGGCAAGGCGGUGGGCCAGAUCUUCGAGUCUGAGGGCGGAUGGAGACGGCAGGUCCACCGCGCAGAUGAAGCUUUAGAGAAGUGA